AUGCCGCCUAAAGGUAAAUCCUCUCGAGGUCGCGGAGGUGGCGCUACCACCAGAAGAGUGGCCGCCGGAGGUGGCCAAACCAGCAGACAAGAAGCCGCCGGAGGUGGCGAAACCAGCAGACAAGAAGCCGCCGGAGGUGGCGUAACCACCAGACGAGUAGCCGCCGGAGGUGGCCAGGCGCUACCACAAGAAGCUGUAGGAGGAGGCGAGACCAGCAGACCAGUGAGACCAGGAGGUCGAGUCCGAACCUUCGUUGGUCACAGACCACCAGUCACUGCGAGUGGAGUCGGAACAUCUUCAAACGCGUUGAACCCAUCCUCGGCAAGUCAGUCUGCGACCCAAUCUCAAGUGAGUCGUCCUUCACUUAAUUCUAGUAGACAGAAUCCUCCUCCUAGGCAGACUCCUCCUCUUAAUAGACAGACUCCUCCUCCUCAGCCGCAGCAUCAGCCACCGUCUCCUCAAACCCAGCCUCUACCGGAACAUGACGACUUUGGACUGAGAUGCAGAACUUUUGGAAGACCGCUGAUGCUAUAG